UGGAUAGUGGCGAUUGGCGAGAAGAGCUAUGGAUUCCGUAAAUGGGAAAUGGAUCACUCCUGCUCUCGAGCUUGAAACCCAAUCUGGUGGACGCGACUCGGAUGUGACAGGAGACCUUGACGAAACUCAAAAUGUAGGUUUUGCAAUAUAAAAGAGUGCUCUCACGCUGUACUACUCUUCAGCGACAGAAAAAGAAGCCAUCCAUCUAGCAAUUCUACGUCUACUUUCAAUAAAGCUCUACUGAAUUCCCAUACCUAAGGGACUACUUUUUCCUUGUUAUACUAGUGGUGUAAGAUUUAUCCAUCGAGAGACACGCUUCUGCCGGUCCGAAACGUAUAUCACUCACCUUUUUCAAGCACAUACAAGGAAUUAUAACCAGUCCAAGUAUCGAAAAUGUCUACUGUUACUCUGGAGGAGCCGCCUAUGGAAGCUCCACAGCGUCUAGCAACCAUCAAGACAGACGAAAACAGCGAGGUUGCUUCCAAAAUCAUGGCUCAGUUCCAUGCCCUGCCAACACCUGUUGAAGAUAAUCCAUUACUAAAGACUCCAUGUAAAGAUGCUCUCAAUGGCACUACAUUCCUUCCGCCACUGGUCAUGGAUACACCGCCAGAAAGUCCAGUCGUGUGUGAGAAGCCCCAAACCGUGUUAUCAAACCUCCACGAUGGACCAGUUUCUCCAGAGCAUAAGAAGAUGCACCCGCCCUCUUCCGGCUUCUUACCUCUCGAGCCACCAAGCCUGACGUCCCUGAUCCAAUCCAUGAGCGACAAAGACCCCUACAACACUCUUGACAAAGCCUUGAUCCUUGAUAGUGCGAGGGAGAUCGUUCGCCAACUCGAAAACCCCGGUGAGAGAGCAAUGGAGCUCCUCAUGUCCUUCUCCAUAGUUCCCAUCCUCAAGAUCGCCGUCGACAUGGACAUCUUCCAGCUUCUCGCUACCCACUCGGAGCUAACCGCCUCCCAAAUCGCCCGUUUCUCCGGCGCCGAAGAAGAAUUCGUCGUCCGCAUAAUGCGCGUCCUCGCCUCUCUCCACAUCACUACCAUCACCAGUCCCCGUACAUACACGCACACUCCACUCUCCCAAACCUUUACAGCACCCCCUCUCGCCGCCGGAAUCUCCGUCGUCCACGAGCAAGCCUUCCGCGCCGCCUCACGACUCCCCGAGUAUAUCGCUGCUCACGGAUACCACAACCCCUCCAAUCCACGCACCGGCCCCUAUCAAUUCGCCUUCAACACCUUCGACUCGUGGUUUGAAUGGCUUGCCAUACGCCCACGCGCCGCCGCCAACUUCAAUGCCUUCAUGACCGGCUACCGCGCCGCCAAACCCGCGUGGGCGGCCCUCUUCCCCGUCGAAGACUUGCUGUUUCAAGGAUUACCGGAUGCCAACCACGCAGACGUCACAGUCGUCGACGUCGGCGGCGGUUUCGGGCAUGACCUUCACAUCCUCGCUGAGCACUGCGCGCGCAAGCCAGGGCGACUGAUCUGUCAAGACCAAGCCUCCGUAGUAGGAUCAGUGCCAGCCGCACUGCGUGACCAAGCGCCACGCGUCGAGUUUAUGACACACGACUUCUUCACGCCGCAGCCGAUCCACGGCGCACGCGCGUAUGUGCUGAAGCAUAUCUGCCACGACUGGCCGCAUGAGAUGGCCGUGCAGAUUCUGCGAAAUAUCCGGGGCGCGAUGACGCCUGGGUAUAGCAAGUUGUUUAUUUUGGAUCUUGUCAUGCCGCAGGGUCGUGUGGGGCUUCCGGCAGCGGGGCUGGAUGUUGUCAUGAUGUCGGGCUUUGCGGGCACGGAGAGGGAGGAGAGGUUGUGGAGGGAGUUGGUGGAGGAGGCGGGCUUGAGGGUUGCUGGGGUGUGGGUUGGGGAGGAUGGAGAUGGGUUGUUGGAGGUUGUGUUUGAUGGUGAGAUGAUUUAGAGGGUGGUGAUAUAGGAUGUGAUGUGAGUGGUGGGGGUUGACGAUGUAUGGAUGGAUGCUUUCAGGGGCAAUGAUUUCGUGGAUUUCUAGACGUUGAAGAGAUGGAUGUGUCGAAUCUUAAGAAGUGUGGAGCUUACAAU